AUGCAGUCCGGAGUCGGUGUCGUUAUAUCAAUGAUGGCUGAAUCGGUCAAGGGCUGCGUACAAAGGCUGCGUAGUGCCGUGCGCGUCGGUGACGUCCUGAUUAGGCUCACAGGAGACGAAGCGGUAGGUGCACAAGCUUGGCUACGCGACGAUAACGAAAAACGAGACGGAGCAACCUCGAGCAAAAUUCGGCAAAGUCCCGAUCGCGGCAGUCGAAUUUUUUCUAAGUCCCGGGAAGCACGCGUUCCACAGACGGUGCAGUGCAAGUGCAGCCAAGUGUUUGUCGACAAUGUAGUGGAAAGUGAUUGUGAAGCUGUAGGUGUUGACUGCAGUCCACAUGCAAGCAUUCUGCAUCGAACGGUCAACCUAAAGGUCACAGAACACGCCAACGAUCGAAGUACGCGUAUGGAACACGCGGUUGAACAGGAACGUUCAUGAUCGCAGCCCGGAUCACGCCGCCACAGCGACGCCACCAAGCCAGAUGCAGACGGACGAAGACGACGCCACCACCACCAACAGCACGAACGGCAGACAUC